AUGGUGGAGUGGCAAGUGGUUGAACAACAAAGCCUGGUGGCCACCAGGGAAGCCCGCUUGUUGAUGCUUCUACUGGCAUUGAUGGGUGUGCAGGAGAUCCAAGCAACCAGAGCUUGCGGACAGCCCCACAUCAGUCUCAACCGGAUCGUGAAAGGACAGGACGCCAUGCCAGGCGAGUUCCCCUGGCAGAUCAGCUUGCAGCUAAACAAAAGGCAUGUCUGUGGAGGGUCCCUCAUCUCGGAAGAUUGGGUGAUAACUGCAGCACACUGCUUCUAUCAGUUCAGGGAUCUCUCUCAGUACCAGGUCCUCCUAGGAGUCACACAGCUCUCCAAUCCUGGCCCACAGGCAUGUUGCUUGGGGGUGAAGCAGGUCAUCAUCAACCCUGCCUACGCGGGCCAGACCACCAGCGGGGACAUUGCCCUUGUACAACUGUCCAGAAAGGUCAACUAUUCAGACUUGAUCCUGCCCAUUUGCCUGCCUGAUGCCUCUGUAAAUUUUCCCCCAGGCAAGCUCUGCUGGGUCACCGGCUGGGGUAACCUGCGCAAUUCAGUCGACCUUCCCUCUCCACAAAUCCUUCAGAAGUUACAGGUGCCCAUCAUAGAUUCUGAGACAUGUGCGGCCCUCUACCGUACCAACAUGGGUGAUGGCAUGACCCCACGCAAUAUCAAGGCUGAUAUGAUCUGUGCUGGAUUUGCAGAGGGUAGGAAAGACGCCUGCAAGGGUGAUUCUGGAGGUCCCAUGGUUUGUCAGGUUGGCCAUUCAUGGGUCUUGGCUGGCAUUGUUAGCUGGGGAGAAGGAUGUGCCAUUGAGAACCGACCUGGUGUAUACAGCCGGCUCACGUACUACCAAAAGUGGAUCCACAGCUACAUCCGAGACAUCGAAUUUGUCAAAGACCCGAACAGGCGUGAUUUACGUAAUGGGUGGCAGGACACCAAAACCCAGAUGCCCUUGCCUGGCCAUGCCGCCUCCUUUGUUGUCAGCACUGUGGUCUUCUUAGUGUGUCUGCUGAUUCUCAUAUAACCAAGAGACAGUGGGGAAAUUUCCUCUUUUCCUAACAAUCCAGUUAUGGAACAGAAAGGCAUUGUGGGCCUUGUAUUGACGUCCCUUACUCUGAGUUUGUCCCAGAGAAACUUCAGUUUUAGCUGAACCAAACAGCCUUGGUUUUAUUAUCUCCUUCUAAGAAAAUGGAUCUUUCUUCCUAUUUAUUGUUGGAAAUUCUGAUAAUAGUUUCUAUCUGUUACAAGACAGACAUUUCAAGACUUGU